UGGCAAGAGACUGUCCAGUGCAAAAGUCUUGAGGAGAGGGAGCGUAUGUGCCGGCAGGUGUUCAGAGGUCACGAUGAGGAGUAUGAGCUUCUGGAAGCACUGAAGUUCUUGAUGCUGAGGACUGCCAUUCAUUUGCACUCAGAUAUGGAGAAGGGCUCUGAUGUGCCAGAGUUCUGCUGGCUUCUCUUUGCUCGUGAUUCAUCCAAAUGCCCCAAGACGUUCCUCACCAACCACCUCAGACAUGUAGGCUUCAGUGGUGGGCUGGAACAGGUGGAGAUGUGCCUCCUGGGUUAUUCCCUUCAGCAGACGAUACGGGUUGUUCGGCUGUACAAGUGUGAUACUGAAGAGUUUAUUACAUACUACCCAAACGACCACAAGAAGGACUGGCCUCCUCUAUGCUUGCUUACAGAAGAUGACAGACACUACAAUGUACUCGUCCCCAAAAAGUCCUCCAAAUUUGAUGCAUAUGGUAGGCCAAAGUGGAAUCCACCUUCAGAUGGACAACCAAGCAUAACGACACGUCUUUAAAGAGUAAAUGGCAAUCACACACAAUCUACCGAACUCAGGAGUUACAAUCCAUCAUGUUUUCCACAUAGCUGUUCUUGAGUUUGUGUUUUGGGAUGUUUUUUUCUUUCAUGUUUUAAUUCUUAUAAGUUUAAAGAUUUGCUUAUCCUUAUUCUGCUACCUAUGCAAUUUUAAAUAGAAGGAUACAAUUGUAUGCAUUUCUAAAUAAAUUAUGUGCAAUAGUUUUAUGAGACAUAGCUGGAACUAUAGCUGCGUUUUUGUUUAUUACAAAAACGCAUUGAUUCGCUACAGGAGGCCUUUGUUCCUUCCACUGGUUUCAGUAUCUUGUAUUGUCUUUUUCAUUUGUCAUCAUUUUAAUAGUCUGACAAUUUAUUACUUUGCUGAGCAAUUUACACAGCGUGGGCAGGAAAUGAGAAACAGGCACAGCUCAAUAAUUAAUGCAGCACUACAACAGUCUGCCUCAGAUUAAUUGUUCACUGAAACUUUUAAAUGACAUUUUAUGACGAAGGAGUAAAUAAAUGCCAGAAGAGAUGUCUCAGAAGUAUAUGAAUGCAUGAACCUUUCAAUUGGUAAAAGGUUUAGUUUUAAUAGCCAAGCCAGUUUCAAUUAAUAUUGUAUGGUUUACAUUACAUUGAGACAAAAAAAGAAAGAUCAGCAUUAGAAGAUCUAAAAAAAAUAUUUUGGUGCAUAUUUUACUAGCACCUUUAUAUGCUUCUGACUGGCCAAGCCGUUCUGUGCUUAAAAAAAUGUAUAGAUUUAAAAUCAGUCCUGUAAUUAAUGGGUAACCAAUGCAAAUGUACUGUAUGUUCUCUGCAAUUGCAGCAUUUUGUACCAAAUGUAGUUCAGCAAUGCAGUUCUUAGGCAAUCCAGUUUAAAAUUACAAAAAUGAAGGCAAGAGAAAAUAAAGGCAUGAAUCAAUAUUUUUGCAUCAUCCAGUGAAAUAAAAAUCAGAAUCGAGCAAUA